GCUGCCUUUCUGGGCUCCACGUGGGUUUUGUAGCCAUGGAGGAUUCAGCUGUUGCGGAAGCGAAAUGCUGCUCUUCUGUUGCGGCCCCGGCUCGCAAGGUCCGGCGCCAGGUGGCUCACCAGAUCCCCGAAGCCAUUUUAUCAGACCCAGAACUCCAGGCGGCCGUGGGAGCCCUCCCUUCUAACUACAACUUUGAGAUCUAUAAGACCGUAUGGCGGAUCCGGCAGGCCCAGGCGAAACGAGUUGCUCUGCAGAUGCCGGAAGGCCUGCUCAUGUUUGCCUGCACCCUCGCUGACAUCAUUGAAAGGUUCACUGGGGCAAAAACCGUUGUGAUGGGCGACGUGACCUACGGCGCCUGUUGUGUGGAUGACUUCACGGCCCGGGCGCUGGGAGCGGACUUCCUGGUACACUAUGGCCACAGCUGUCUGAUUCCCAUCGAUCCCACGGGGAGUGUGAAAAUGCUGUACAUCUUUGUCGAUAUCAAGAUUGACACAGCCCACUUCGUGGAGACGGUGCGGUUUAACUUCCCAGCAGGGGCCCAUCUGGCGCUUGUCAGCACAGUUCAGUUUGUCUCUGCCCUUCAGGCUGCCACUCGGGAACUUUCCUCAGAUUAUACCGUUUGCACGCCGCAAUGCAAGCCUCUCUCCCCCGGAGAGAUUUUGGGGUGUACGUCCCCCCGGCUGGCAAAGGGCACAGAUGCCAUUGUGUAUCUUGGCGACGGUCGCUUCCACCUGGAGUCCAUCAUGAUUGCCAAUCCAGGAAUUCCUGCAUUCAGGUACGAUCCCUACAGCAAGGUCUUCUCACAAGAGUGCUAUAACCACGAGCGCAUGCAGGAUUUGCGCAAGGAAGCCGUCCGCAAAGCAUCCCGUGCCUCCAAGUGGGGACUUAUCCUGGGGACCUUGGGGCGCCAGGGGUCCCCAGCCAUACUACAGCAUUUAGAGUCAAGCCUCCAAGCCUUGAAGCUCCCCUUCAUCCGGCUUCUGCUCUCGGAAAUCUUCCCAAGCAAACUGCAGCUCUUUCCUGAUGUCGAGGCGUGGGUGCAGGUGGCCUGCCCGCGGCUCUCCAUCGACUGGGGAGAGGCUUUUGACAAACCUCUGCUCACACCCUAUGAGGCUGCUGUUGCCCUGAAACAGGUUCCAUGGCAGGAAACCUACCCCAUGGAUUUCUAUGCCAGCGAGUCCUUGGGACCCUGGACGGCGAACCACAGCUCCCACUGCCCCCAAAAGAAGAGCACCGUCAUCAAAGAGGUGAAGUUGGCAAAGGCUACAUUGCCUGCAAGGUUGAGCAGACACUGCCAAGAGGAGGAAGAGUCAACACCACCAUCACAGGCUCCGAGGCCUGGCUUAGCAUGUCCAUGCCCUCAGCUGUCGAGCAAGGAAGAGAGCAAUAGCCCUGCACUCUGAGGAGAAGCAGCCUGUGAACUUUAGGAGGCAAGAGCCAAGGCAUUUCUGGAGGGGCCCCUGGAAAACGGGGAGCAACAGCAGCAGAUGAUGAUUUUUCUGUCCCAUGACUCUUUUGUGCCCAGGAGGGCCUGAACUCAGCUUAUAUUCAGGGCAGUGAAAGGGGGAAGGAAGUUCCCUGUUCCUAUCCCUUGCAAGCAGAGAUGUCUUGUGGGAUGUGGGGAAUGAUGCCCGGAUGGAAUUGAACUACAGGUUGUGGGCAAAACCUUCCCAUUGCUUGAGGUUCAGAACCUGAAAGCUCUAUGCCUGCUUUCCUGUGUACUUGGCAGGGGCAACGGCCACAGAGUGGAUAGGCCAAGACAACCUCUUCGUGUGCUGCAACCUCUGACAACUGGUACAACUUACAAUAUAUCUUGGGCAAUGUGAUUAUUGUAUAGAGAGAUCUACUAUUUACACUAUGCCCAAUGGCUUAAAACAGAAACAUAUACACAGAUAUGUAUAUGCUCUAUUAAUGUGCAAUAAAGGGCCUAAAACAUACAAACAUUUACAUAUAUACAAACAUUUACAUAUAUACUAAUUCCUGUGUUGUACCACUUGUUUUAAAUCACCAAAGUCCAUAAAAGGAAUAUGGAUUUUCAUCAUAUAUCUUGAAUGUCCACAACUUGUAGGGAAUUUAUGCAUGUCCCAGACCAAAAUUAUACAUGUUCCAGACCAGAACCCAAGCCACGGUUGUGCGGGGUUUUGAGUUCUUCUUCAGUGGUGCUGGAAGUUCCAAAUCUGGCUUGUCGGGAGUCAUUUGAGGGGAUAUUUAUCUUGGUAUUUUGCCCACCGCAUCCCUAUACCGACAGCAUUAAUUGGUCAUAAUUUGCAGUAUGAGAACUGGACGUAGCAGGGACUUGUGGCCUGUCUCUCCUGUACCUUUUACUUGCCUUAGCCAAAAAUUUAGCUCUUGCAGCUGAGGGGCCUUUGGUAUCUAGCAGUUGGGUUUCCCCUGCUGCAGCCGACCUAACCAGAUCUCCUUUUCCUCCCCAACUAAAUGGGGAAGUGCAUACCGGUAACUUCUGUCCUCCCUGGUGCCAGCUGGGUCAAAUGUCCAGUGGAGAUGACCGAAAGAGAGUCUUUGGGGAAGGAGAGGGGACACAUUCCCCGAAGGCAAAGCCAAACUUUUUGAGGACUAGGACUGGCCAAAAAUUAAGGGGGGGUGGGGGGAAUAGGUUUGUACCAGGGAAUGUUUUCCCUCUUCAAAGACAAUGAAGCCAGAAUAAUUAACUUUGGUUUUGGCAGAACAUUAGUUAGUGUGGGGGAGUGGGCCGUUUAAAUAGUAUAGGUAUUAUUUCUUUCCCACCUCAGUAAAUUUUUAUUAAUGAAAGAAUGUGGAUAAUUUAUAAUAAAGUAAUUGCUUGUA